GUCCCUGUUUUCUUCGGCAGCGGCUUGCCGUGACAUGGCGGCUUCAGGUCCCGUAACUCCCGAGCCCCCCUUUGACCCCGCGCGGCCCCCGGUCAUCGAAGGGUUUAGCCCUACGCUCUACGGGGACACGGAAGGCUUCAAGGAAAAGUUCCUUCGCAAGACCCGCGAGAACCCCAUGGUGCCUAUAGGCUGCCUGGGCACGGCUGCUGCCCUCUCCUACGGACUCUACUGCUUCCACCGGGGCCAGAGCCAGCGCUCGCAGCUCAUGAUGCGCACUCGGAUCGUGGCUCAGGGCUUCACGGUCGCAGCCAUCUUGAUGGGCCUGGCCGCCUCCGCAAUGAAAGCCCGACAGUGAGCCUCCAGCCCGGGCUUCGGAAGUGCUGGGGCCCCAGCUCCACGAGCCACCACCGAUCACGCCAAGGGACUUAGCUUUGUGUCUCCAUUUUGAGGGUGAGGGAAGUGGCGGCUGACUGCCAAACCAGAUUUUUAUUUUACUUUCCCCCCUUCAGGAAUCCCAGAUUCAGUUCAGUCAGGGUGCCGUACCACCCGCCACUUCGUGCUUAAUAAACGCUGGUCCACUUGUA